AUGAAAGCGUGGGGACAACUAGUUUCAAUGUCACCGGGGUAUCCUAACGUCCCAAUAGUUCAGGAGGACCAAGUCUUUGGGAAGGUUAACCCACAAAUGGGCCUUGGUGAUUGUGUACACAUCAGUCAUCGUCAUUUUUCCAUUCGAGCAAGAUUGGCUGGUGAGCCCUACUACGUGUUAACUGACACGUCUACGAAUGGGACAUGUGUAAAUGGUGAAUUGAUAGGGAGAGGACGGUCCACACAAAUUAAAAAUUACGACGACAUUACAAUGCUUCCCGGAAAAACGAUUGAUUGUGUCUCUUAUAUGUUUGAAUCAUUUGUUGACAUAGAAGAAGAGAAGAAACAAGGCGGACCACAAAACGCGUACGAGGUGGGGAAGUUUUGUGGCGUAGGCAAUUUCGCGAUGGUCCGACAAGUAAGAAACAUUCAAGAAAAUCAAUUGUACGCGAUGAAAGUGAUUGACUUGAAAAAGGCUCAAUUAGUUAGCAGUAGACCGAACGCAGUAUUUGACGAGUGCACUAUUUUGAAUCAAUUGAAACACGAGAACAUCGUUGCGUUGAAAACAACUUAUCAAACAGAAAAAUACCUCUACAUGAUUUUGGAGUUAGCGUCGGGCGGAGAAUUGUUCCAACAAAUUAUAGCCGAAACAUCGUUUUCUGAAGAGAAGUGCCGAAUUAUAAUGAAGCAGAUGUUCAGUGCGCUCGGGUAUCUUCAUUCUCACAAUAUUGUUCAUAGGGAUUUGAAGCCGGAGAAUAUUCUCUGUGUAACGAAGGGUGGAGACCAGAUCAAAAUCACAGACUUUGGCCUUUCACGAAUUAUUACACAGACAAGCCUUGCUAAAACCAUGUGUGGAACACCGUUAUAUGUCGCGCCAGAGAUUUUGAGUGGGCAGCCAUAUAAUGGGAGUAAAGUGGAUGUAUGGAGUGCGGGGGUGAUUUUGUUUGUAAUGGUCUGCGGGUAUCCGCCAUUCAGCGAUGGGGACGAUGGAGGGAACCGCCAGUUGUUUGACUGUAUUUGUCAUCAGAGAUACGAGUUUGAUCCGGCAUAUUGGGGAAAUAAGAGUCCGGAGGUGAAGGACUUGAUCCGCCAUAUGUUGGUUGUUGACAUUGAGAAGAGAUACUCGAUCGACCAAUGUGUUAGCCACCCCUUCAUUACUGGUAUGGAGAUUACAAAGCUCGCAAAUGAAAGAGAUGCAAUUAAAACUGAUAGCCCCAUUUCCUCAACUGAACCCAAGUUGCAGAUCAAUUCGCAAAAAGGGACGUCAUUUGGGAAUCCACAACUCUCCGAAGUUACAAUGAAAGCUCAAGAGUAA